AUGAACAAAUGUCUUCUUCCUCAAGAGAGGGUACCAUUAACAUAUCAAAGUAACAACUUCACUGAAGUCCAAGCUGAGGAUCUGAGAGUGGAUGAAAAGUUACAAAUAGGAGCUUGGACAUCUCUUAGGCAACUGCAGCAUGGAAGUAGUGGACAUCCUGGUUACUCAGGACCUCAGGCUGGCUGUCCAGUCCCACCACCCAUCUAUGCUGAUGAAGGCCCAGCCUUCUUUAUUACCCAAAGUCAGCCAGAAUCUCACCAGCUAGGUGGACCUGCUGUGACCCCAUGGAUUCCAGCGCUCUCUUUUGAAGUGCCACCUGGAUUGGAAUAUUUAAUUCAUAUAGAUCACAUUCUGAUUCACCAGCAGUUUGAGUUUGUGGAAGCCAUUUUAGGUUUUGAAACAGCUAACAAAUACAAAAUUCAGAACCAACUUGGGCAGAAGGUUUACUACGCAGUGGAGGAGUCUAAUUUCUUCACACGCAAUUGCUGUGGGGACUACAGGAGUUUCUCCAUGAGGAUUCUUGAUAACUCAGGUCACGAAGUCAUGCUUUUGAAUCGACCACUAAGAUGUAGCUCUUGUUUCUGCCCCUGUUGCCUCCAGAAGAUAGAAGUCCAAGCUCCUCCAGGUGUGCCAAUAGGUUAUGUUAUUCAGACCUGGCACCCUUUUCUGCCAACAUUUACAGUUCAAAAUGAGAAAAAACAGGCUGCUCUAAAAAUUUCUGGCCCAUGUAUCACGUGCAGCUUUGGAGGAAAUAUUGAUUUUGAGAUCACGUCUCUCGACGAAAAAAUUGUGAUUGGUAGGAUUUCCAAGCAUUGGUCUGGUUUUCUGAAGGAGUUACUGACAGAUGUGGACAGUUUUGGGAUCCAGUUCCCACUAGACCUUGAUGUGAAAAUGAAGGCUGUGAUGCUUGGAGCGUGUUUUCUCAUAGACUUCAUGUUUUUUGAAACCGGUAGAGGCCAGAGACCAAAACUAUGA